UAUCAAGCACAAGUGAACUGAAGAAGUUCAGGAGGUUUCACCAAGGAGGUUCUUACAUAAUGGCUGCUGAAGCAUUUAAGAAACACGAGGUCGUUCCAGACGUGAUUGACAAAGCUCCAUCAAAUGUGAUAGAGCUAAGCUAUGGUGCUGUCAAGAUUGAACAGGGCAACGUGGUCACCCCAACACAGGUGAAGGACCGACCAACUGUGUUGAACUGGCCAGCUGAAGACGGUGCACUUUAUACACUCAUCAAAACGGACCCAGAUGCCCCCAGCAGGGCAGACCCAAAGUUCCGUGAGUGGCACCACUGGGUGGUGGUGAACAUCCCCGGGACUGACUGGAGUAAAGGGGAGGUGUUGUCGGACUUUGUCGGUGCCGGCCCCCCACCCAAGACUGGGCUGCAUCGCUACGUGUUCCUGGUGUACAAACAACCGGGCAAACUGGAGUGUGAUGAAGAAAGGCUGCCCAACACUUCAGGCAAAAACAGGGGAGGCUGGAGUACACGCAACUUUGUGAAGAAGUACAACCUGGGCGACCCUGUGGCUGGAAACCUGUUCCAGGCAGAGUACGAUGACUACUGCCCUCAACUCUAUAAACAACUGGGGAUGUAACAACACUGUACUAAAGAAGUACACGUACAUGUAUUUGUGCCAUAUGCCUCUACUUGAUUUGGCUUUCAAUAAUCAAUGAUGGUCAUGUAUUUCUAGAAUUGUUUCUUUAAAUACUAGUGUUGACUGUAUGUUGGAUCAAGUCUAAUGCAACGAAACUACAUGGGUUUGGAACUAAAAGAGGCUUUCUGUUUGUAUGUGUGUGUUUUGUUACUUUAUAGAUAUUGAAAACCAGACCUUUUGAGUAUUGUUUUGGAACUGGUGAUUCAGAGAAUCAGGAUCAAAUUGUAUUGAUCUUACGUUUGUUUUACCAUGCAAUGGCGUUGAACAUAUUCAUGAUAAUCAGUGCUGUGUGAUAUGCUGUGAAAAGAUAACACGUGAAACAAUAAAAUGCUGAAAGCAAUAUGAGAAAAUAGCAGUGCUUCCAAGUUUAUUACUGCAUAAUUACAGAAAAUCUAGUUCACAGUUAGUGAAAACUUCCACUUUUCUAGUCGCAAAAAUAUUGAUCAAUUAGAUCCAUUCAAUAUCUUUUUUAUGAGUGGUCAGCAAUUUUUAAUUGCCACCAUAGCAGCACAACAUAAUAUUGUGUUCACCGAGUCUCUAAUUUUCAUGGUGUCAUCUACUGCUAAUGCUACUUAGGCCAUGUUGAUGUUAAAGGCACUCAAUGCAAUAUUCUGGAUAAGACAAUUGGUACGUUAUUGACAUUCACUUUACCAUACUAGCACAUUUGUAUCAUUUCGAACUUGAGCAUUUAAAAAGAAUGCA